AUCCAUCGGUGUUAAAUCGGGGGACCUAGGUGGCCAAAGCACUGGACCCCUUGUUCCCAUCCAUCUUCCCGGGAAGUGCUCAUCAUUUAAAAAAAUUUAAAAACAGGUCGUGGUAGGGAAUCUUGGGAAUAUUUUGACGAGAUGGAGAUAAUAUUUGCUAAAGACCCAAGUUAUGUUCCUUUAGCAACUUAUUCUUGUGGUGUUAAAUCAAUUCGAACUAUUGAUAAAUCAUUAAUUGAACCGGGAAAUUCCGAACUAAUGACUGCUGAAAGUUCAUCAUCUGAUGAACCAACGCCAAAAAGGAAGAAAAAGUCCUCGAAAAAAAAUAGUGCUGACCAAUUGGAAAAAAUAUCCAGUCAUAUGACCGAGUUCAAUGAUAUUUUUAAAGAUUUGGUUAAGGCUGAAAAUGAAAAAAAUGCAUUACAAAAGUUGUUAGAUAAGUGAAACUUAAUUUAAACUUUAUCUAAUUUAGUUUACUAUAUCUCAUUUCUAA